GUGGAGGAGUUUCCAGAUGGAUCCAAGGCUCCCGAGAUAGAACAGAAGUUCCGAAGAGUUCAUGGGAUCCUGAAAGACCACAAGUUUGACAACUUGAUGGUCGCUACAAAUGGAGGUGACGAGUUUGGCGACUUCAUGAUGGAUCACCUGGCCAGGCUGGACAACGAAAAGGGAGUCAUGAUCGCCGUGUGCACGGAGAACUACGGUGAAAUGACGGCGUCCCCGUACUCUUCCAAUGCUGAACUGAAAUAUGCCCUGGACAGAAAGCUACGGGUGCUGCCCUUGAGGGUUGUGGAUUCGUAUCCGCCGCAGCCUCCACAUGGCCCUGAUCAUGCAUAUGACAAGACGGGAGAGGCCGGGACUUUGUUCAACAUUGUAGUUCCAAGCUCCACGGUUUUCCUUGAUUGCCGCGAUAAAGCUGACACGGAGAUUGCACGACUGAAAACUGAUAUGGAGAUUGCGCGAAUGAUUGCAGAAGAGCUGGUGAAGUUUAAAAGUGGUGCGCCGGCCGCUUAA